AUGGAUCCCAUUCUGUUCUGGAAUCUAGUUACCUUGCAAGCUUGUGCAAAUGAUUACGAUUCAUCUAUUGUUUCUACACCAGAACAUGAUGGUCCAGCAAGAACAUCCCGUGCUUUUGCUAUCAUUCAUGGUGCUAUGUAUAAUGCAAUGAAUUCGUUCAGUCAUAGUUAUGAACAGCUUGCUCAACGAAGUUGGGCAUCAAAAACAAAUCCGGUUUUAAAGAGAUUUGGUAUGAGUGCAGCUAUAUUAGAAGCUGCUUAUCAAGCACUAUCAUUUUUAUAUGAAAAACAACGACCUAUCUUUGAUGCUGUUUAUCAAUUUCAUUUGAGACAAAUUAAAAAUAACACAGGAGCAGCAACUGAAAUCAACUUGGGUCUUACCGUUGGUCGAUUGACUACCUCAUUCAUUCGCGAAAAUCGAGCAUCCGAUGGUAGUGCAGCGAUUGAACAGUAUACGCAAUUGAUGCAGCUCGGAUAUCAUGAGGCGGAUCCAACUCAUCCUAAGCAAGGCUUUACAGAUGUUCAUUGGGGAAAAGUUAAACCAUUUUACCUAGACUCUGCAUCACAGUUCCGUUCACCGAAUAUUGUUGGUACAUCGCCAGUGCUCCGUGGAAGGUAUUUGAAGUCUUCAGCUUAUAGAACUGAAUUAAAUGAGGUAAAAUUACUUGGAUCAAAGACAAGUACACUACGUACCGAAGAUCAAACUCGUAUUGGAAUUGCAUGGGGUUAUGAUGGAGCACCAAAAAUAGGCACACCUCCACGUCUGUACAAUCAAGUUGUUCGAGUCAUCGCCAUCAAAGAACAAAAUACGUUAGAAAGCAAUGCUCGUUUAUUUGCAUUGGUUAAUUAUGCGAUGGCUGACGCUGCAAUAGCCGCGUGGGAUACAAAAUACUAUUAUAACUUCUGGCGUCCCAUUGUCGGUAUUCGCAAAUCGCCAAACACUAAUUAUCUCGAUUCGAGAUGGACACCUUUAGGAGCACCUGCUGAUGGUGUCGGUACGGAUUUCACUCCUCCCUUUCCAGCUUAUGUCUCAGGUCAUGCAACAUUAGGAUCGGCGACUUUUGAAGCACUACGUUGCUUUUACGAUAAAGAUAAUAUAUCAUUUCAAUUUCAAUCUGAUGAAUACAAUGGGAAAACAAAAGAUUCAAACACUGGACGGUUUCGACCCGUCCUAAUUCGAAAUUAUACUUCAUUAACAGCAGCUGAAAAAGAAAACUUGGACAGUCGAAUAUAUUUGGGCGUUCAUUGGCGCAGCGAUGUGGUACAAGGACAGAGCCUUGGUCGGCUAGUAGCACGCGACGUUUUCGUUAAAUUCAAUUAA